GCUGUGUAGGUGGUGCGGCCGAGAAGGCUGCCUGCCGAGGACGGCCGGUCGGUGGGGGCAAAUCUGCGCCUUGGCGGGGGGCGAUGUUGUGAGCGGGAGAGUGGGCGGCGCUGCUGCAGCCGCUGCCCCGCUCCCUUCCUGGCCCAGUGGCUCUCGGCGGCCGCUGGCGUGCGCCGGCCGAAGGGCUCAGUGGUGCCUCCGCUUGCGGCGCCGGGGCUGGCGAGGAUGAACGCGCUGGCGGGGCAGCAGCCCCCCAACGCGCACGAACUGCUGGAUGUGGCGGCCGUGUACUGCGACAACCUGAGCUUCUUCCAGCCCGCUGCCGCCACGCAGAGAACCCCAGCCCACCCCGCCGGCGGGUACGGCUUGGCGGAAUCGGGCGGCGGCGGCGGCGGCAGCAGCCCCUACCUGUGGCUGAACGGCUCGGGGGUGGCUUCGAGCCCUUACCUGGCCGGGCCCAACGCCGGGGCUGCCGGCAGCGCCGCCUUUCUGUCCUCGGCCUACGGGGCCGGCGCCCGGCAGCUUCUGGGCGCCCCGUCGGCGGGGCCCGACCUCAGCUGGCUCUCCCUGGCGGGGCAGCAGGACUUCUUCAAGCUAGUGCGGCCGCCCUACUCGUACUCGGCGCUGAUCGCCAUGGCCAUCCAGAGCGCGCCCGACAAGAAGCUCACCUUGAGCCAGAUCUACCAGUACGUGGCCGGCAACUUCCCCUUCUACAAGAAGAGCAAAGCCGGCUGGCAGAACUCCAUCCGCCACAACCUCUCCCUCAACGACUGCUUCAAGAAGGUACCCAGGAACGAGGACGAUCCAGGUAAAGGCAAUUAUUGGACUCUAGACCCAAACUGUGAGAAGAUGUUUGACAAUGGCAACUUCAGGAGGAAGAGGAAGAGAAGAUCUGACCCACCUAAUGGUCCCGAAGCCCCUAACAAGGCAGAGGACAAAAGCAGCAGUUGCAGCCAGCAAGCCCCACACCCUGAUAAUGUGAUCUGCUUGAACUCUGCUGAACUGCCAUCCUCUACAGGUUCUAUGAAUGACUGUAAAUCCCCCAGCCUGGACUCCAGCCGGUGUUUUUCCACAUUUGUUUCCACCAUGAAUGCCACGGCCCAUAGCAGAAGUAGCUUUCCCAGGCAGCUUUCUGCGGGGCUGGGGUCUGAAUUUGUGCACAGAAGGCAGAAUGGGCCCAGCUUGAGCGCUUGCUCUGCUUCUAACAGCAGCCAAACCUCCGGAUAUGAACUCGGUUCUCAGUCGCACUCCAGGGUGAAUUAUUAUGGAGGAGCUGGUUACCCGUCGGGUUGGCUCAGCACCCCUGUCCUGAGCACCUUCAGUGUGAACAAUCUGAUUUAUAAUAGAGAAGGGACGGAAGUUUAAAGGUGUGACAUUCAUGGCCUUUGUGUGAAGUUACCCCACAAGCGGCCUUUGUUUGGUGCCUAGACAUUUUGCCUUAUGCCCAUUAGGCCAGUAGUUUUCAGCCUUUUCGGUCUUUAGCUCCAUUUUAAAAAAGUUUUUGUAUUGUGUCUGUCUCUCCUCUUCUCUCUGUGUGUUUUUCUCCUUCUUCCUCCACUCUUCCCUCCUCUCUCCAUACUUUCUGCCUCUAUCUUUCCAUUUCUGUCCUUCUUCCUCAUCUCUCUCCAUCUUCCUCUUUAAAAAAAAAUCCAAAAGAAACAACAAAAACCCCAGUCAGAGGUGUAUCUAGGGAAAAUAGUGCCUAGGGCAAGCACUGAAAUUGCGCCCCCUGUCCAAACAUUUGACACCCAUCUUUCAGAUAACUUUACCAUAAUAUCAGCUGGAAAAUACAAGUCAAGCUUGUUAAUCUUUUAAUAUUUCAAGAACUAUUUAGCAGCGGACAUAGCCAGACCAAAAAAUGCUGGGAAACUACAAAUUUCAGUAUGCUGGGGCUCAUGAAAUACCGAAAUACUAUGUGGAGGUGUACUUGGAAAACUUAACAAAAGUGCCAGUCUAAUUCUCUACUAUGCAUUGUAGCAUCACUAUGACAUAAGUUUUAAAAAUAAAUGGAGAAUUUGGCUUUUCCCAGAUAAUAAAUAAUUAUCUGAAAACAUUUAAAGGAUAUGCAGAGUAAAAUGUGUCACUGCUUGGAAUAUAUUCGAGUCUUUCAGAAAGACAGUUAAAAUGAGAGAAAGAGAGCAAGAAACUCCCAGUGGGCCUUAAUCCUAAGGAUUUCACACUGAUUCAAAGACAAACUCACCAUUAAUAGCCGUAUUAUUAAGACAUCACAUUUAACUCACUUAUCACAAGAAGCAAAGUAAGAGCAAAUGAAUACAAUCCUAGCUCAUAAGCCUCAGCUCAAUAUUCACAAGCCCUGAUUCUCUGUACUUAGUGCUAAACUAAAUAUGUGUACAGUGACACACACACACACAUUUUAAAAAAUUACCUGUAGCCCCUACGGGGUGGCUUCCUAAAGGCCAUGUGGGGGGGAGUCUGCAAAGGUUACCCCUCCCCCGCUGGCUUCUAGGGCCUCGCAGGGACCAUUUGAGCAUGUGUGGUGGCUGUUUUUAAAAUAUAUAUUUUUUAAAAUGGCUGCUGAAAACAAAAUGGCCACCAUGCAUGCUCAAAUGGCCUCUGCGAGGCCUGGCGUGGCCUAGGGCCUCACAAAGGCCAUUUGAGCAUACAUGGUGGCCAUUUUGUUUUCUGCAGCCAUUUUAAAAAAAAAUUUAAAUGGCGCCCCCCUUCAAGUGACGCCUGGGGCACGUGCCCUGCCUGCUCCACCCUAGAUACGCCCCUGAUCCCAGCGAUGAUUGCACACUUGUGACCCACUUCAUCCCAGGGCACAACCCAGUUUGGUUCCCAAUGAGAGAAGCUGGGAACCACCAACAAGAGUCAUUCCUUGGUAGAGGUGGCCUCCUCAAGCAGUUUGGGUAUCAUUAAGGGUGGCAGUGUGGGCCACAAGCAAACCUGGCCCACAGUCCUGUGAAAUGUCUUCCUGAGCAUGCUAUAUUGUGUUUAGCCGAAUUUCUUGGUAGAGUGAGUAUAUCGGUGCAUACUUUAUCAAGAAGUUCAACUGAACACAAUGUGUUUUGUUAGGUAACAUGGGAGGCUGUCUAAUUCUGAGUCAGACCACUGGUCCAUCUGGCACAAUAUUGUCUACUCUGACAACAGCGGUUUUCCAGGGUUUCAGUUAAUUAUUAUUUUUAAUCAGCUCUACCUAGAGAUGCCAGGGAUCAAACCUGGGACCUUUUCCUUGCCAACACUCUACCUCUGAGCUACAGCCCCAUCCCACCCACCCCCAUUCUACAAUGUGGUACCUUUUGGGUUUUCUGUCUUUGGCACCCAAAUGUCUUGGAUCUGCCCCGUAGGAGUGAGUGUUUUUGUGCCUUAUACAAGACCUUUACUACAAAUUAAAUUAGUGAAAUGUGAUUCUAGCCUCCCUGGCAUCUUCAUCCUUAACAUGUUGACUUGAAAGCAAAUACCAUUGAGCUUAAUAGUCUUUACUUUCAAAGAACUGUGCUAAGAGUCAUCCUGUUGAAUGGGGGAACAGUUCUUGGGGUAGGGGGAAUCCGAUUGAUAUCUCUUAUGGAUCCUGCCCUUGGCUCAUUCAGCCAGUUCAUUCAGUCAUUUCUCUCUUGAUCCUAUGCAUUGUUGCCUUAGGUUCUUGAUUUUAACAAAUGCACUAAUCUACAACAUAGGGGUAUUUUGGAACAUGUAUAUAAGCUGUAUGUGUCCAGUAGAAGGAAAUAACUGUGUUUUGGAAAAUUCUGCAGAUUCCUUUCAAAUUUCAUGUGCAUUGUAGCUAUGUUACUGAUCUAUGCAAUCAACUAAAUAAAAUGCUGUCCCUUAAUUUUUUUUGAA